UACCAGAGCUACAGGGUGAGCCGGAAGACAUCUCCAAGGAGAAGGCCAGGCUUGCUGCAGCUAAGGUGGACGGUCCAGUGCUUGUGGAGGACACGUGCCUGUGCUUCGAUGCACUCAACGGCCUGCCAGCUCAAAUGUGCUCUCAAGUGCACGGAAUUAGCAUGUGA